AUGAUGCAACCUCAAGAUGGAGGCGACCACAGCUUGGAUGCACCGCCCGUCAUCCAGAACCUCUUGACGCAGACCAGUCAGGCUCAACAGAGGGUGCAAGUGUUUCUGGACAGCACCACUCCCUAUACUGCAAGGAGAUGGGGCGCUACCGCUGCUCUUUUGACUCUGUUCAUGCUUCGAGUCAUCUUUGGUCAAGGCUGGUACAUCAGUGAGUGGAGACUGCUGCAUCGCAGCCAGCCUGUCGACCAGACCGAAGUGGGGGGCCUGUUCGUUCAUGACUUGACGCUAACCAGAGUCUGCUUGUUCUUUGGCGCUAUCUCCCUCUCGGAAAGUUUGCUACGCUCUCUUCAUCUACCUGCUCAACCUCUUUCUCGCCUUUCUUCAGCCCAAAUUCGACCCUUCGAUCGAGGCUGACUUGGCAGAGCAAGAUGUGGAAGAAGGAGAGCCGGGUCUGCCCACUUCUGCAUCUGCUAGCGGAGGGUUUGGAAAAUCGGGCGGGGGAGGAUUGAUGAGCGGAAUGUUCGGAACGCCUGCGCCUUCUGGAGAGGAGGAGUUUAGACCCUUCAUCAGGAGAUUGCCUGAAUUCAAAGUGAGCCAUGGGCAAAGCCAAAAAGCGCCUCGAUGGUUCUGGACAGAGAAUCACCAGCGGGCCCAGCGAUGCAUACAUGCUGCGAGGGUACGCGCAUGGUUUGUCACUCGUAGACGCAAUCCUCAAGCAGCUCGUGUGCAGAGCGCGCUUUGACAGGUCGCUAGGGUGCCUGCGCUUCUGCGUAGGCUACCGCAGUGGACGCACGCUAUCCCGAGGCAAAGUGCGGUGGGCGUUUCUCUUCCAAUCAAUACCACGAUGCUGAUGAUUGCUGUCCUCUCAUCUCAAAUGCUCCCCACACAGUUCUGGCUAGGCGCAACCCAAGCCAUCCUAAUCUCAUUGGGCUGCACAAUCACACGAGCGUUCGACAUUCCAGUCUUUGUCCCCAUCCUAGUUCUCUACUUUUUCAUCCUCUUUGGCAUCACCAUGCGAAGGCAGAUUGCGCACAUGGUCAAGUACAAGUGAGUUGUUUGGGCGUGCCAUUGCUGUUGCGCCUCGAGCAUUCAAAUGCUCAUUCGGACCUGCCACGAUUUCUACUAGAUACGUGCCAUUUGAUUUGGGACGGAAACAACGCUAUGGGGCCAAGUGA